GCGGCUGCGCCCUCUGCGCAUGCGCAGUGCGGCUGGGUCCUUGGGGGAGCAGGAUCAGCCAUGGCCACCCUGCGUCUGCUCUACCGGGCUGCCCGCACAGGCCCACCAGCCCCCCUGGGUUACCUGCGCCUGCUCAGCACCACCCCCCCCAGGGACUCCUACAAGUAUGUGAACGUCCAGGAACCGGCCAUGGACAUGAAAGCCAUCACGGACCGGGCGGCCCAGACCCUGCUCUGGACUGAGCUCAUCCGAGGCCUGGCCAUGACCCUGAGUUACCUUUUCCGGGAACCCGCCACCAUCAACUACCCCUUCGAGAAGGGGCCGCUGAGCCCGCGGUUCCGGGGGGAACACGCCCUGCGGCGCUACCCCUCGGGGGAGGAGCGCUGCAUCGCCUGCAAGCUCUGCGAGGCCGUCUGCCCCGCCCAGGCCAUCACCAUCGAGGCCGAGCCCCGCGCCGACGGCAGCCGCCGCACCACGCGCUACGACAUCGACAUGACCAAGUGCAUCUACUGCGGGUUCUGCCAGGAGGCCUGUCCCGUCGAUGCCAUCGUGGAGGGCCCCAACUUCGAGUUCUCCACCGAGACCCACGAGGAGCUGCUCUACAACAAGGAGAAGCUGCUCAACAACGGGGACAAGUGGGAGGCCGAGAUCGCCGCCAACAUCCAGGCCGAUUAUCUCUACCGGUGACGGCCGGGCACCUCCCCCCUCCCCAAAUAAAGCCUCCUGGGGGGGGGGGGGCGUGGUGUGUUUCCUCCACCCCCCCCCCCCGCACUGCACGGGUCUCUCCCAAACCUACAGCUCCAGUUUUA